AUGAAGAAGAAAAGCGAUGAAUUGAGUAAUCAACAAGUAGUAGAUUCUCACUUUAAAAAGAUUACUGAACAAUAAACAAGCGAUUAAGUUUAAUUUAUAAAAAGCAUUUCAGUCACUUCUUAGAAGAAAAAAAUAGAUCAAACUAUCCCCAAAGUUAAUCCUCCUUAAGAAUACGCUACAUUAACUCUGCCAGAUGGAAAAACUGCAAAACUACCAAUUCUCAAAGGCACACUUGGUUAAUCUAUGAUAGACAUUCGUAAUCUAAAUUAACAGACAGGGAUGUUCACUUAUGAUCCUGGGUUUACAGCUACUGGAAGUUGCGCUUCAACAAUAACUUAUAUUGAUGGUGACAAAGGUUAACUACUCUAUAGAGGAUAUAAAAUCGAAGACUUAGCUGAGCAUUCUACAUUUAUCGAAGUUUGCUAUUUAAUGAUUUAUGGUGUUCUACCUUCAGCUAAAGAAUUGAAUGCAUUUGAGGAAUUGGUCGUCUCUGAAAUGAUGGUCCACGAAAAAAUUGUUGACUUCUACAAAGGUUUCUAAUCUGAUGCACAUCCUAUGGCUAUUAUGGUUGGUGUAAUUGGUGCCUUAUCUGCCUUUAUGCAUGAAGAAUUUGAUGUGAAUGAUCCUAGAGACAGAGAACAUAUCGCAAUAAAGCUAGUUGCUAAGUUUCCUACCUUGGCAGCAUUUGCUUUUAGAACUGCUUCUGGUCUUCCUCUUGUUAGACCUAAGAAGAAAUAUAACUAUAUUCAGAAUUUCUUGUAUAUGAUGCUUGCAAAUCCAAUGGAUGACGAUUUUGACAUUAAUCCAGUCGUCGUUGAAGCAAUAGAUACGAUUUUCUUACUUCAUGCUGAUCACGAGCAAAAUGCCUCAUCUUCUACAGUCAGAAUUGCCGGUUCUUCUUUAUCUAAUCCUUUUGCAUGUGUUGCUGCUGGUAUAGCUAGUUUGUGGGGACCUAUGCAUGGUGGAGCUAAUGAGGCUGUCCUUUAUAUGUUAGAAUAGAUAGGAUCUCCUGAUAAUAUUGAAAAAUGUAUUAAUAUGGCUAAAGACAAAACAUCAGGAUUUAGAUUAAUGGGUUUCGGUCAUAGAGUAUACAAAAAUUUUGAUCCUCGUUCAAGAGUAAUGUAAAAAAUGUGUUAUAAAGUACUAGAAGUAACAGGAAAAGAUACUAUGCCUCUAUUAGACAUAGCUAUAAAAUUGGAGUAAAAGGCACUUUAAGAUCCAUAUUUCAUUGAUAGAAAGCUCUAUCCAAAUGUUGAUUUUUAUACUGGUUUAGUGUAUAAAGCUUUAGAUAUUCCAGUUAAUAUGUUUACUGUAAUGUUUGCAAUAGCUCGUUCUAUUGGAUGGAUUACUUAAUGGUCAGAAAUGAUGGCAGAAGGUCUUAAUAAAAUUGGUCGUCCUAGAUAAUUGUAUGUGGGUCCUCCUGUCAGAGAAUUUGUUAAAAUCGAAGAUAGACAAGAAGAAUGUUAAUCAAAUAUCUUAGAAAUACCAAAACUUGCUAAAAUAUCAAAUUUAAUGAAGCUUUGA